AUGAAGACAGGCAUCCCCGGCGGGGGGAGCACUCACGCCGCAAGUUUGCUGAAGACACGACACAGGCCGUAGUUAACCGGGGACUCCCAGCGCCCAUGUACCGCAGCCGACACAUUGAACAAGAAACCGGCUAUGUUGCUACCUUGGCGGCACUUAAGCCGUUGUUUGACUGACCUUGGUAUCUCCGUUGCACAGAGCCAUGGAUGACUUUAUCGGAAUGAGCUCUCCUCCUCGGUCUUCCAGAUCUCGUACGCAACAGAGAGAUGUUCGCGGAGUUGGUGCGCCGACCGCUGACUACAAUGUGCGCUAACUAGCCCUGCUCUGCUACAAUACUCACUGGAUGGCUGUCCCCUCCCCUCUCAGAGAGUAGUGCGUACUUGUGACUGUCUGCGUGGGAAUUUGGCCUUCUAGGGACGAAUUAGUCCUGGAUAAUUCAAUGAAAAAGUUUAUUAUGGAAAAGCUUGAGCAGUUUACAAGCGGAAGAAUUUGCCCUACGUCUAAUUGUCUAUAUCACGUGAAUAAUUUAGAUAGUCUAUGUAAUUGCUAGCGGACUAAACUCCACUCCAUGAUGAAAUAACUUUCUGAUGAACUCCUUCACCAUGGAGAGGAGAUUAGUCCGCUAUGUAAUUGAAGGAUUUGUGUUAUCCUAGGGUACUAGGCCUAAAUCAUAAUCGGGGCACCCCAUAACGCCCCUCCCCCUUGCCAUGAUGUUGACCAGACAGAAAUAGCACCUCUGUGUUCCUCCUGGGCCCCAACAGCUCAGCACCUUCAUAUAGCAGCCGUAGCAUCUACCUGUAACCUGCGAAGCCAGAAAAAACAGUCAUUGGGAGACUAGUGUGACGAGAUAAGGGGGCACAUAACUGUGUCAAUUUAUCAAAGACACAAAGGAGAGAACCCCCCCUAAUGUGGUGUAAAGCCAUUUAGGGUGAAAAAUAACAGCCACUCUCUAUUGCAAUAAAUGACUUAAAGAAAUAGAAAGAGAUCAAUUAUCUUUGUGUAUAGGUUUUAGUUGUAUGGAUAGAUUUUAUAGGCUACUGCUCUCCUUUAGUCCAUGGGGUAAUGUGUGGCAGACGGGGAGAAUCAGAUCCAGCCUCUAAGGGGCCUCUUUGGUUUCAGGUGAGCGCUGUGUGCUAGCUGUCCCCCUCUUUUUCUCUCCUACCAGUUAGUGGAGGGGGUAAUUUUGGAUCCCUCUGUGGGUGAAGUGUAACAGGAGCUAUGAAGGGAAAUCCAGACACCGGUAUGUCCUGAUCAUGGAUUCAACUUCAACUCGAGGAAACAGAGUGUUUGCACACUCACUGCAUGUAAACAUGGUACACUGCAUCUAAGGGACAAAUAUGAAGAGGGGUCUUCUGACUUUCUGAAAGGGACUAUUUAGGAAGGUUCCCAGCUGUUGGAGUGGAUGUAGGAUGGAUGAGUGAACCUCUGUUCAGGCUCUGUGCUGUGUACCUUCAGUUAUAAGUUAUGAAAAACCUGAGGAGGGCAUCUCACAGCUCAAUUGGUAGAGCAUGGCGCUUGUAACGCCGUGCUGUGCUGCAGGAUCGUGUUUCACCCUUUCAGUUUCAUGCGGAACAUACUGGUUUGUUCACCUGGGAUUCUUAUUUUUAUUUUUUUAAAGUUAAUCAUAUUUGUAAAAUAAUAAAGAAAGCUGCUGGAUGUAUAAUUUGAUAUGACUCGUGGUUGGAUGGAUGUAGUUAUCGGGAUGGUUUCUUUCUGACUACAUCGCUCCCAUGUAUCAAAUGCUGAGUGAGUGAAAGGGUCCUUGAGGGGGGAAAUUAUCCAUUCUAAAUGGCAAAUUGUCAGAAAAAUUAUGUUGCAAUGAGUACCACUAGAUCAGGGCAAGAUGGGGAAAUCACUCAUGAGAUUACCAUCUGCAGGAGAAGAACAUGAACAAAGUAAUUAUUAUGUAGUUAUAAUAUGUAAUAGAAAGGAAAUACCCAUACAGUAGACUGUAAAAUCAUGUUUUAGGUCUAGCAAUCCACCCCAAACCCUCACCCCCCCCCCCCCCCCCCCCUUUUUUUUUUUAUUUGAAACAGUGACUUCUUGUGUGUGGCGUUAGCUAACACAGUGUCACAUGGUUUACUCUAGUUGGCCUGGUCUGGUCACAUGACAUUAACCAGUUUCACAUGGCCCUCAUAGCUGUGGCAGAGAGUCAUUCAUUACCUUAGACACAGAAUGGAGACACCCUGGUUGACACGACGGAUGCAUUACAUAGCAUUUACUUAUGUUACUAUUAGAGGGGGCUGCUCACAAUAUACCUCUUGUUUAGUUUGGGUGAGUCGGUAAGAGCAGGGUGAUGUGGGCCAAAGGAGUAUCAGUUACUCCUCAAAAGUCUGUUUAAGAAAACGAGUGUGUCCCCCCCCCCCCCCCCCCCCCCCCCCCCCCAACUGAACACCUCUCCUUGACAUUGCCACUCUUAGCAUAAAAAGAUAAGUAAAAGAUACAUUCACAAACUGACAAAUUAUAUACAAUUUUAAAAAUGUCCUGCAUGAAUUAAACUGGGCCCUCUAUGCAAUGAAACUGUUUCCAACAAUCAAUGGAGUGUAGAGGUUUGUUCUGAGGAAUACUGUAUUAAUAUACCAUGGAAUAUAGGCUCCAUAUUGUGAGAGAAAUCAGCACCAGGUUAAAGGAAAGGCUUUUCAACAGCCACCCACACACAGACACUGGUCAUUCUAAUCCUCUACCAACCUUGCCCUGUCUAUGGAAAAGUGAUACAUACUGGUAAAAGGGCCCAACAUCUGCUGUGGAUAAUAUUUCACUUGGUUAAUUAUCACAGUAUGAGAGACACCGGAGGAAAAACAUACAGUAUCUGGGGGUAAGAGGAUCCUACAGCGUCAGUGGAUGUCCGGAGUAUCUUGGGAAACUGUAGUUACACAAAAUGACCAGUAGAGGAAGCAACUCAGUCAAUUUUGAAAGGUACUCUUCGGUCUAGAACAGUAUUAUUCAACGCGAACAGUGCCUUGGAACAAGACUCACCUGAAAUGUCACAUUUCUAAGCAAAUUGGGGAAAACAGUGACUAGAUUAUUUUUUGUAGAAAUAUCAAGCAGUAGGCCUAUAAGUAUUAGCUGUAAACCAGCUGAGAGCAACAAGUAAGUACCUUUUCCAAUUUUUUAAAUAAUAAUCAACUACUGUACGAUAUUGUGUGUUGGAAGUACAUAAUUUUUAUCCUGUCAAAGGAUCAGUGCGCCUACCUGUUACUUAUCUUGUGAGAUCAAUGGAACAUGGAGAUGUGAUGAAAUCCUUAACGAGAUAUUACCAUGUGUCUCAGAGGACAUGGGCUCCAGGGCCCACUGUUGCCUUAUGCUGCUAUAAAUAAUGGUUCAUAAUGAGACUCAUAUUACAUGAAGUAAAAGGCAUAAACACUGUGUGUUUUUGUUUUUGUCAGUCCAUUGUUGAUAUGUUGUUGAUAAGAUGAUCUAAGAAUGCACAGAUCACUUGACUUAUUAGGCAACUUGGCUUGCUCUACUUUAGUGCUGCUCUUAAUGUUGAUCAUCACUAGUAAGCCUGAUGUUGAUCACUAGUAGGCCUGAUGGUGAUCACUAGUAAGCCUGAUGUUGAUCACUAGUAAGCCUGAUGUUGAUCACUAGUAGGCCUGAUGGUGAUCACUAGUAAGCCUGAUGUUGAUCACUAGGAGGCCUGAUGGUUAUCACUAGGAGGCCUGAUGUUGAUCACUAGUAAGCCUGAUGUUGAUCACUAGUAGGCCUGAUGUUGAUCACUAGUAAGCCUGAUGUUGAUCACUAGGAGGCCUGAUGGUUAUCACUAGGAGGCCUGAUGGUGAUCACUAGUAAGCCUGAUGUUGAUCACUAGGAGGCCUGAUGUUGAUCACUAGUAAGCCUGAUGUUGAUCACUAGGAGGCCUGAUGUUGAUCACUAGUAAGCCUGAUGUUGAUCACUAGUAAGCCUGAUGUUGAUCACUAGUAAGCCUGAUGUUGAUCACUAGUAAGCAUGAUGUUGAUCACUAGGAGGCCUGAUGGUUAUCACUAGGAGGCCUGAUGUUGAUCACUAGUAAGCCUGAUGUUGAUCACUAGGAGGCCUGAUGGUUAUCACUAGGAGGCCUGAUGGUGAUCACUAGUAAACCUGAUGUUGAUCACUAGUAAGCCUGAUGUUGAUCACUAGUAAGCCUGAUGUUGAUCACUAGUAAGCCUGAUGUUGAUCACUAGGAGGCCUGAUGGUUAUCACUAGGAGGCCUGAUGGUGAUCACUAGUAAGCCUGAUGUUGAUCACUAGGAGGCCUGAUGGUUAUCACUAGGAGGCCUGAUGUUGAUCACUAGUAAGCCUGAUAUUGAUCACUAGGAGGCCUGAUGUUGAUCACUAGUAGGCCUGAUGUUGAUCACUAGUAAGCCUGAUGUUGAUCACUAGUAGGCCUGAUGUUGAUCACUAGGAGGCCUGAUGGUUAUCACUAGGAGGCCUGAUGGUGAUCACUAGUAAGCCUGAUGUUGAUCACUAGGAGGCCUGAUGGUUAUCACUAGGAGGCCUGAUGGUGAUCACUAGUAAGCCUGAUGUUGAUCACUAGGAGGCCUGAUGUUGAUCACUAGUAAGCCUGAUGUUGAUCACUAGUAAAUCUGAUAUUGAUCACUAGGAGGCCUGAUAUUGAUCACUAGUAAACCUAGGAGGUGUUAUGGUGUGGUUGUGCCACGAAUGCCAAGAGUGUGCAAAGCUGUCAACAAGGCAAAGAGUGGCUACUUUUUAUUAUUAUUAUUAUUACUUUUUGAAGAAUCUAAAAUCUAAAAUAUAUUUUGAUUUGUUUAACACUUUUUGGUUACUACAUGAUUCCAUAUGUGUUAUUUCAUAGUUUUGAUGUCUUCACUAUUACUCUAAAAUGUAGAAAAUAGUAAAAAUAAAGAAAAACCCUGGAAUGAGUAGGUCUGUCCAAACUUUUGACUGGUAUUGUAUAUAUACAAAUAUAAAUAUAUAUGGGGGAUUGGAAAUUAUGCAGAUAAUUACAUUAUAGAAGCCACAAUCUAUCUGCAAUAUUAAAGCUGAUCUACCCCCUAAAAAAAAGAUUUACAAAAUAAAAUAAAGAACUGUUUGUCAUUGUCAUCCAUGUGGAUUUUAUAUUUUCAAUGUUUGUGUGUGUGUGUGUGUGUGUGUGUGUGUGUGUGUGUGUGUGUGUGUGUGUGUGUGUGUGUGUGUGUGUGUGUGUUUGUGUGUGUGUGUGUUUGUGUGUGUGUGUGUGUGUGUGUGUGUUUGUGACUUGUUGUACAUGGCAGCUCAAGAAGUGAAAGGAAUGAGUGUGGUCACUUGCACAGUGCCUUAUAAAUCCAUGGCCCUCUAAUUAUUAGUCACAAUCUAUUACAAAAAUUAGCUAUGUAAUGUGUAACAAAUAGUUAAAAGAGAUGAGCUAUUAUAUAUACAUAUAUAUAUAUAUAUAUACAUAUAUAUAUUAUUAUUGUUAUUAUUAUUAUUAUUAUUAUUAUUAUUAUUAUUAUUAUUAACGUUUGCAACUGCAGUGAGUGACAAUAGGGCAUAUGGAACCACAUGAACGGAAUAAAAAUGUGUAUGCAGAUCCAAGCGGAACAGAAAGUACAAUAAUUUUGACACGUCACUUGAAGCACUCGGACACAUUUCGACGUUACACAAAGACACUUCCUGGUCCAAUGCUAAACAAUUUACCAAUGUUAGCGGGUGAAGGCUAAAUAGGUAGCUAUUUCUGUUUUUUUUACCUUAUUAAAUGCAAUUCAUACAUAGUGCAAGGCAACGUUUGCUGUCUAAUUCACUACAAUCCAUUGUUUCAAUGGAGAUAGACAUUCAUUCAUUCAUUAAUCAUUCAUUAUUUGGUUUCGUCAUGUGGCGUCGCAUGUCACAAGGGAACGGUAACGUUAACGUUAUGAUAGCUAGCUAACAUGCUUAUCUUGUCAUAUCUCAUCAAUCAUCUGUUUGAGCUCCAAUUACCUUUUUAACCAAUAUUUAUUGAAUUCACAUUGCCUUUUUGUUCGCCGAUGUUUUGUGACUUCCUAUUCUGUGACUUUGUUAUUCUGAUCCAGAUAGUAACGUUACUGUUAGUUAGCCAACACGUUUGCUUUGCUGUCUCAUGCCAGUGCGGCUUCAUCAUGUAUUCUAGCAAUCUGAAUAAUAUUCUGCUGUGUUGAUAAUAUAAGAUUUCCUUAGUUGAUAUAUAUAUAUUUUAAACCUGUCGAUGUGUCAUGGCACUGCGUUGUUUUGAUUCCCACCUACGUCAUCAGUUUCCUGGUGCCUGCUUGGGCUGAGUCAACUAGUAACUAACUGAGGGGGUGUUUGACAGUACAGCUGAACAUGCUUUGUCACGAUGAUUAUUCAACAUUUAUGCGUUCUCUCUCCCAUUUGUCUGGAUUAAGACGUCUAGCUAGCAACCUUGUUUAUGCAGAAGCUGACCACUUUUGAUGAUAGGCACUAGCUGGUGUUGCUAGGACCUCAUCCAGGACAAAAAGAGAAUCUCAGAAAGGUGUCAACAAUGGACAUUCUUGAAGGGAGGUCUCGCUGCCUAGAGUAACCCAUCUGAAAACACAAAAAUGUGAGGGGUAGAACACUGCAGAUAUUUUCCUACUACAAAUUGACUAAACCCUGCCUGCUUCCUUCCUCUCCAGGUUUCCAGAGGGUACAGCUGGUUUGAUGCCCGCAGCUCCACAAUGGAGCUCUCUGACUCAGUCACACAUAAGAACGGGCGGCAGAGGAAGCCCGCUGUCCCCCAGGGGGACAUGAGGGACGGGGACAGGGUUUGCAACACUACCCCUGACAUGGACAUGGAGGUGGAGGGGGAGGUGCUGCACCAAGGAUACGACGCAGAGGACAACGGACAUCCCAGGGUGAAGCCUGGGAUCAGAGGGGAGCUGGGGAACGUGUCUCUGCUGCUCUUCCUUUAUGUCCUCCAGGGCAUCCCUCUGGGCCUAGCUGGGAGCAUCCCUCUCAUCCUGCAGGGGAAGAACGUCAGCUACAAGGACCAGGCCUUCUUCAGCUUUGUCUUCUGGCCCUUCAGUCUCAAGCUGCUUUGGGCCCCUCUGGUCGAUGCGCUCUACCUGACCCGGUUUGGACGCAGGUAAGACAAUGAUUUAUAAGACCGAUAUACACUGAGUAGUCCCCGACUAAAACAAAUCUUGGUCGACCGAGAGUCGUCCUGUUCUUUUGACCAAUCGAUUGGUUGAAAUGUUUAAACAUAUUUUUCCAUAUAUAGACACACACCCUAUGUGUUUGAAUAAAAUCAACGACAUAUGUCUGAUGCUUUAAGCACACUGUUUGAUUAAAUAAUUAAGACACACAAAUUACUCAAGUAAGAGCCCGAUGGUCACACUGUGUUAAAAAAAUGACAGCGAGUGCCUGUGUGACUCAAAUUUGGACUCAACAGACCAAAGGACAGAUUUCCACCGGUCUAAUGUCCAUUGCUCGUGUUUCUUGGCCCAAGCAAGUCUCAUCUUCUUAUUGGUGUCCUUUAGUAGUGGUUUCUUUGCAGCAAUUCGACCGUGAAGGCCCGAUUCACGCAGUCUCCUCUGAACAGUUGAUGUUGAGAUUUCUCUUUGCUUAUUUGAGCUGUUCUUGCCAUAAUAUGGACUUGGUCUUUUACCAAAUAGGGCUAUCUUCUGUAUACCACCCCUACCUUGUCACAACACAACUGAUUGGCUAAAACGCAUUAAGAAGGAAAUAAAUUCCACAAAUUAACCUCUUAAGGAUCUGACCUUUCUUUUUCAAUUUUUGCCCAAAAUGACAUACCCAAAUCUAACUGCCUGUAGCUCAGGACCUGAAGCAAGGAUAUGCAUAUUCUUGAUACCAUUUGAAAGGAAACACUUUGAAGUUUGAGGAAAUGUGAAAUUAAUGUAGGAGAAUAUAACACAUUAGAUCUGGUGAAAGAUAAUACAAACAUAAAAACAUGCGUUUUCAAUUUCUUUAUUCGAUUUUGGCCACUAGAUGGCAGCAGUGUGCAUGCAACAUUUCAGAUUGAUCCAGUGAAGCAUCGCAAUACUGGACUAUUUUGUAUCAAGUCUGCCCAAAUGUGCCGAAUUGGUCAAUUGAUACAUUUUCAAGUACAUAACUAUAGAGAACAUACAUUUUGAAUUACCAUAUCAUUUUUGUAAGUUUACACACUCCCAGGAAUGUCAUACAUGAUGGAUAAUUCGCUUAUACGCUGAUUUUCACACAUCUAGAUGGCCGGGCGGGGUGGGUGUGGAGCCAGAGACAGCAGGGGUUCAAACUGUAGAACCCAGUUCCUACAUUUGAAUAUAAAAAUGGAUUUUAUAAAACAAAACUAUGCUACAUUUUAUCUCUGGGACCCUUAGGAUGACAAAUCAGAGCAAGAUUACUGAAUGUAAGUACAUUAUUUACCUUCAGAGGUGAAUGUAUCAAACCAGUUGCCGUGAUACGUUUUUUGUUGUUGUGCACUCUCCUCAAACAAUAGCAUGGUAUUUUUUCACUGUAAUACUUAUUGUAAAUUGGACAGUGCAGUUAGAUUAACAAGAAUUUAAGCUUUCUGCCCAUAUUAGACAUGUCUAUGUCCUGGAGAUUUUGUUGUUACUUACAAAAAUCAUGCUAAUCACAUUAGCGCACGUUAGCUCAACUGUCCCGUAUACGGGACACCGAUUCCGUAGAGGUUAACAAGGCACACCUGUUAAUUGAAAUGCAUUCCAGGUGACUACCUCAUGAAGCUGGUUGAGAGAAUGCCAAGAGUAUGCAAUGCUGUUAUCAAGGCAAAGGGUGGCUACUUUGAAGAAUGUCAAAUAUAUAAAAUAUUUUGAUUUGUUUACUACAUGAUUCCAAAUGUGUUAUUUCAUGGUUUUGAUGUCUUCACUAUUAUUCUACAAUGUAGAAAAUAGUACAAAUAAAGAAAAUGAGUAGGUGUGUCCAAACUUUUGACUGGUACUCUAUAUGGAUGAUGUAUAAAGCCAGGCACAUUUAACAGUUAGGCUAUUAAUUAUAGACCUAAUUAAGUUGGGGUUUUCUCUCUCAAUUGUCUUAGACAAUUAGGCUAAGGCAAGGGCUGUUUCCUCAUCUCUGCUGCUGCUGCCUCCGCCACAUUGUUCUCAAUCCCAAUACGCUGGUUAACUUUGCUAUUAUGCACAUAGCAACAUAGGGAAAGGUGCCAAUUCUGCAGCGCACUGAAGAUUAUGUUUCAGAACAGCGGACAGCGACCGUAUCCAACGCGGGAGAAAGAGCAAAUGUUCUAAAAAUAAUAUUAGAUUUAUUAGUGUUGCACAAUUAUUUUUACAUAAUAUAACCAUAUACAAUUUCAGUAUCAUGUCUUAGAGUGAUGGACUGUGCCGUCCCUGUGGCCUCCACAAUGGAUCAGUCCACUGAGACAUGCGUGAAUCAGACAGGUGACUUGUGCGUCAUGAAACAUUUUUUGGGGGGCGACUGCUGGACUAAAGAAAUCUGGGUCAACCAACAGCCUAUCGACCAAACAAUCAACCAGUCAACUAAAUGGGGUCAGCCCUAACACUGAGUUUACCAAACAUUAGGAAUACCUUCCUAAUAUUUAAGUUGCACCCCCCAUUUUGCCUUCAGAACAGCCUUAAUUUGUCGGGGCAUGGACUCUACAAGGUAUCAAAAGUGUUCCACAAGGAUGUUGGCCUAUGUUGACUCCAAUGCUUCCCACAGUUGAGUCAAGUUGGCUGGAUGUCCUUUGGGUGGUGGACCAUUCUUGAUACACACAGGUAACUGUUGAGCAUGAAAAACCCAGUAGCGGUGUAGUUCUUGACACAAACCGAUGCGCCUUGCACCUACUACCAUACCCCGUUCAAAGGCACUUAAAUCUUUUGUCUUGCCCAUUCACCCUCUGAAUGGCGCACAUACACAAUCCAUGUCUCAAUUGUCUCUAGGCUUAAAAAUCCAUCUUUAACCCGUCUCCUCCCCUUCAUCUACACUGAUUGAAGUGGAUUUAACAAGUGACAUCAAUAAGUUAUCGUAGCUUUCACCUGGAUUUACCUGGUCAGUCUGUCAUGGAAAGAGCAGGUGUUCUUAAUGUUUUGUAUACUCAGUGUAUGUUUACUUGAUGAAUUGUAUUGUGUCUGUGUUGACUGUUGCAAUCAAAUGAGUCAAAGCCUUGUGAUCUCCUCUCUGCCUCUCAGGAAGUCGUGGCUGGUGCCCACCCAGUACCUGCUGGGUCUCUUCAUGCUGUACCUGUCGGUUACCGUGGAUACGCUGCUGGAAAGUGAUGAGGGGCGGGGCCCAGACGUGGUGACCCUGACGGUGGUGUUCUUCAUGCUGGCCUUUCUGGCAGCUACCCAGGUACACACACACACACACACUCACUCACUCACUCACUCACUCACUCACUCACUCACUCACUCACUCACUCACUCACUCACUCCAAGUUAUUGUGAUACAUGACUGUUAUUUCCCCAUCCCUGAUCCCAGGACAUAGCAGUGGAUGGCUGGGCUCUGACCAUGCUGUCUCGGGAGAACGUGGGCUACGCCUCCACCUGUAACUCUGUGGGACAGACUGCUGGCUAUUUCCUAGGCAACGUGCUCUUCCUGGCUCUGGAGUCAGCGGACUUCUGCAACAAAUACCUGAGAGCACAGCCUAAAGAGACUGGCAUCGUUACACUGUCAGGUAUGGAGGGAGGGAGGGAGGGAGAGAGAGACUGGCAUCGUGACACUGUCAGGUAUGGAGGGAGGGAGGGAGGGAGGGAGAGACUGGCAUCGUUACACUGUCAGGUAUGGAGGGAGGGAGAGAGAGAGACUGGCAUCGUGACACUGUCAGCUACGAGGGAGAGAGAGAGAGAGAAUGGGAUUGUUACACUGUCAGGAAGGGAGGGAGGGAGGUAAAAAAAAUAUGAGAAAGCAGAGAAUAAGGUAAUCUAUGAAGCGGGAGAAGGUAAUAUAUGAAGCAGGAAGGUCAUCUAUGAAGUGAGAAGGUCAUCUAUGAAGCGGGAAGAAGGAAGGUCAUCUAUGAAGCAGGAAGAAGGUAAUCUAUGAAGCGGGAAGAAGGUAAUCUAUGAAGCAGGAAGAAGGUCAUAUAUGAAGCGGGAAGAAGGAAGGUCAUCUAUGAAGCGGGAAGAAGGAAGGUCAUCUAUGAAGUGGGAAGAAGGAAGAAGGUAAUCUAUGAAGCGGGAAUAAGGUCAUCUAUGAAGCGGGAAGAAGGUCAUAUGCGAAGCAGGAAGAAGGUCAUAUAUGAAGCGGGAAGAAGGUCAUAUAUGAAGCGGGAAGAAGGUCAUAUAUGAAGCAGGGAGACGGUCAUAUAUGAAGCGGGAAGAAGGUCAUGCAUGAAGCGGGAAGAAGGUCAUAUAUGAAGCGGAGAGAAGGUCAUAUGUGAAGCGGGAAUAAUGUAAUAUGUGAAGCGGGAGAAUAUCAUCUAUGAAGCGGGAAGAAGGAAGAAGGUCAUCUAUGAAGCGAGAAGAAGGUCACAUAUGAAGCGGGAAGAAGGAAGGUCAUAUAUGAAGCAGGAAGAAGGUCAUGUAUGAAGCGGAGAGAAGGUCGUAUGUGAAGCGGGAAUAAUGUAAUAUGUGAAGCGGGGAGAAAAUCAUAUAUGAAGCGGGGAGAAGGAAGAAGGUCAUAUAUGAAGCGAGAAGGUCAUAUAUGAAGCGGAAGAAGGUCGUAUAUGAAGCGGGAAGAAGGUCAUGUAUGAAGCGGAGAGAAGGUCAUCUGUGAAGCGGGAAUAAUGUAAUCUGUGAAGCGGGGAGAAUAUCAUCUAUGAAGCGGGAAGAAUGUAAUGUAUGAAGCGGGAAGAAGGUCAUAUAUGAAGCGGGAAGAAGGUCAUAUAUGAAGCGGGAAGAAGGUCAUACAUGAAGCAGGAAGAAGGUCAUAUAUGAAGCAGGAAGAAGGUCAUCUAUGAAGCAGGAAGAAGAGCGGUAAUCCAGAUAUAUAGUUUAAUCUUGCUACAGUCAGCUGUAUUAAGUACAAUUACAGACAUGCAAAGCUCAAUGAACCCGUCCCUGCUGAAGAGGGAAUGUCCGUUGGCCAGGUUUUGCAUUUGUUCCUCUUGCCCUGAGUGAACAAUGGGUGCUAAAGACGAUGGUAUAAGAAUUGUAGAACAAUUAGUGAUUUUUGUUCCCUUGUAACCUCUUGAUUUCCAUAUAAUGCUAUAAUCAACGUUCACUUUGUCCUGGCAGUCUGAACCUUGCUAAGGUGUACCAGGCGUGCAUUUUCUUCCAUUUUAGAACAUUGAUACAGUGGCAAUUACUUUAGGCCCAACAACUUUUUAUUAUCUGGGGAAAUGUUUGUGGCAGUGUCACCUAGUGGGCAAUUUUGGGGGAAUCCUCCAAUCAUAGUGCAGAUAUUGGUCAUGUGAUCAAUUUUGGCGGUUUUUGAGCUGAAGUGAGAGAAAAUAAACUGGUUUUGGAGUGAACUUUUGGCUGAUGAUUUCCAGUACAGCUGUGGCAAUCAACAGACUGUGCCUUGCUAUAGAAGAUGGGUGAAUUAACCUUGAUUGUCAUAUCCCAUUGCCCUGCUGUUGUAAUCACUCGGUAACGUUGUCGUUGUCUGUGAUUGGCUCCCGUGGUGCAGAAUUCCUGUUUUUCUGGGGCGUGGUGUUCCUGGUGUCGACCACGCUGGUGGCCAUUAUGAAGAAGGAGAACGCCAGGGGACAGCAUGGGAAGAGGAAGGUCCGGGAGGAGACGCAGAGCGUCAUGGAAACAUACAAGCUGCUGGUCUCCAUCAUCAAGAUGCCUGCCGUGUUCACCUUCUGUAGCCUGCUGCUCACGGCUAAGGUACCUGCGAUACAGCUUACUACACACGUCACCCAGUCAGGUUAAAGGGAUACGUCGGGAUUUUGGCAACGAGGCCCUUUAUCUACUUCCCCAGAGUCAGAUGAACUUGUGGAUAAAAUGUUUAUGUAGCAUGCUAGCAGAUACCAUAGACUUCCAGUCAUUGCACUAACGCUAGUUAGCAUUGGCUCGUGAAACUACCUCUUAACUUCCUUCAUACUGGACACAGAGACAUAAAAAUGGUAUCCACGAGUUCAUCUGGCUCUGGGGGCGUAGAUAAAGGGCCCUCGUUGCCAACAUCCCGAAGUAUCCCUUUAAGGACCGACCCACUGUGUUCACCCUCUGCUGGCCACUGCUAAGGUAUAUCUACAACUUCUCUGCAUGCCAGUGCUGAAUGUAACCCAGUCAGGUUACUGGCCCACCGACUGUAGUCACCCUGUGUAGCCUACCACUAACUUCCGAGGUGUCUACAUCUUAACCAACCUGCAUUGGACAAUUAGCCUAGCUCACCUGCUGUAUCUAACCCAGUCACUGUAAAGGACUUAGCGGUCUGUCUGUCUGUGUGUCUCCAGAUGGGCUUCUCUGCGGCAGACGCAGUGACGGGUCUGAAGCUGGUGGAGGCAGGUGUUCCCAAAGAGCAGCUGGCGUUACUGGCAGUCCCAAUGGUUCCACUUCAGAUACUACUACCACUCAUCAUCAGUAAAUACACUGCAGGACCACGACCACUAGACGUCUUCUACAAGGCCUUUCCCUUCAGGUAUGCACACACACGCACUCGCGCGCGCACACACACACACACACUUUUCCCAUACAUUUGUGUUUCCGUGUGUAGGUUGUUGAUAGGUCUGGAGUAUGCCCUGCUGGUGUGGUGGACUCCCAGUUUAAAGCAGGAUGGGGGGGGAUUCCCUCUCUACUACUAUGCUAUAGUACUGUUCAGCUACGCACUGCAUCAGGUAACACUACUCACACCAUCUCAUCUCUGUUGUCUCUCUAUUACCCUUUCUCUAUCUCUCUCUCUAUUCUCUCCUCCUCUUUCUUCUCUUAUCUCCCCACUCCUUUCUUGCUCUCUUGCUCUACAUUCUCUCUCUGUCUCUGCUUCUCUCUGAUCUAUCUAACCUAAAAUGCUUUUGAUUCUCUGCUCUCUCUACAAACCUCCACUGGCUCUCGUUUCCUUGACUCUCUUUCUCUGCUCUCUCUCUACAUAAAAAACCUCCCUUUCUCUGCUCUCUCCUUUCUUCGCUGCUCUAUUCCUCUCUCUCACUACAACUCCCUGUCUUCUCGCUCUCUCUCACUCCCUUCUCUCUCUCUCUUCUCUUCUCUCCUACACCUCCCUUUCUCUGCUCUCUCCCUUUCUCUGCUCUCUCUCUCUCUCUCUCUACACCUCCCUUUCUCUGCUCUCUCCCUUUCUCUGCUCUCUACUCUCUGCUCUCUCCUCUCUCUCUCUCUCUCUCUCUCUACACCUCCCUUUCUUGCUCUCCUCCUUCUCUGCUCUCUACCUCCUGCCUCUCUCUCCUCUCUCUCUCUCUACUCUCUACACCUCCCUUUCUCUGCUCCUCUUCUCUUUCUCUCUCUCUCUUACCUCUACACCUCCCUUUCUCUGCUCUCUCCCUUUCUCUGCUCUCUCUCUCUCUCUCCUAACUCCCUUUCUCUGCUCUCUCUCUGCUUCUUCUUCUCUCUCCCUACACCUCCCUUUCUCUGCUCUCUCUCUGACUUUCUCUCACCUACACCUCCCUUUCUCUGCUCUCUCUCUCUCUGCUCUCUCUCCCUACACCUCCCUUUUCUUCUGCUCUCUCUGUCUCUCUCUCUACUACACCUCUUUCUCUCUCUCAUCCCUUUCUCUACUCUCUCUCUCUCCCUUUCUAUUGCUCUAUCUCUGCUCUAUCUCUCCUACACCUCCCUUUCUACUGCUCCUCCUUCUUUGCUCUACUAUAUGCUCUCUCUCUUAUCCCUACAACCUCCCUUUUAUCUGCUCUUCUUGAUCUUCUAUCCCUAAAACCUCCAUUUCUCUGCAGUAUACCUUUCUCUGCUCUCUACUCUCUUGAUCUCUCUCAUCCCUACACCCUCCCCUUUCUCUGCUCUCUACUCUCUAUGCUCCUCUCUCCCACACUCCCUUUCUCUGCUCUCUACUCUCUGCUCUCUCUCUCCCUACACCUCCCUUUCUCUGCUCUCUACUCUCUGCUCUCUCUCUCCCUACACCUCCCUUUCUCUGCUCUUCAAUGUGAAAUAAGGCCACUAUAUAACCACUUGAUCCACACACUUACAUUUUUUUCUCAAACUCCUGCUUUUCCCCUCCUUACCCAAAGGUGGCGCUGUACAGCAUGUAUGUGGCCUGUAUGGCUUUCCAUGCUAAAGUGAGUGACCCAAUGAUCGGUGGGACCUACAUGACCCUGCUGAACACAGUCACCAACCUAGGGGGCAAUUGGCCCUCCACCCUGGCACUGUGGAUGGUCGACCCACUCACCUCUAAGGAGUGCCAGGGAGCUGCUGGGCAGAGCUGUGGCUCCCCAGAGGAGGCAGGGGUAAGUGGGAGAGAGAAUUACCAGACAGUUAUCUCAAUUGUAAUGUCGUAGUACAUUGAAUAGCUAUGAUGUGAAUUUUGUGGAAACACUUCUCUUAAACGUGUCUCUUUCUGUCUCCCUCGCCUCCCCCCUCAGCUGUGUGUUAAGGAGGGCGGUCUGUGUGUGACGUCGUUGGAUGGUUACUAUGUGGAGUCGGUGGUGUGUGUGGUGAUAGGACUAGCGUGGUGGGUGUGGCUAGGGAAGAGGAUGAGAAGGCUACAGGACCAGAGCCCUGCAGCGUGGCGGUGCAGGAUCGGCCAAUGACAACGUUCACCCGGCUCUUGACCUGCACAACCCCUUUCUCACCCCAGCAAGGCCGAUCGCCAGACAGCUACAGUUUGAUAUAAAAGCUUCCUCUUAUCUGUUCCUCUUGCUCACUUUCUGUUGGUCUUCCUAUGUCCCUCUCUCUGCCUCUCUGUUCGUCUCAGUCCCUCUCUCUCCCCCCUUCUCCCUUUUUCAUCUCCCCUCCUUUCCUCCCUUCUCCCCUCCUUUCCUCCCUUCUCCCUCCUUUCCUCCCU